GUUUGAGUCGGUCCUCAUCAGCUUGCACAGCAACUGAGAGGAAACUGCUGACCCUGAUAGAAAAGGCAACCAUGAUAACUACAGAAAACCGAACCCUGCUCAUUCAAAUACUGAGAAAACUCAAUACGUCACAACAGGAGUUAGAUAAUGGUGGUUUGCCAGAAGGAUUGACUUUUCCCUUGAAAUUGUUGAGGGAUGUGAGAGACCUGGAGGCCCUCCUUCAAAAUUUCGAGAAGGAGAAGCUUUUGGUCACUUACUUAUCCAAUAUUGGUGGAGAGAAUCUUGGCAGUACGGUCAGACGAAUUCUUGUCUGCGUAUUGACCAAUGACCUUGCAAAGCAGUUUAAUUGGAUUGGAAAAGGCACAAAGGAGGCCUUCUGUAAACUUCGUCUGGUGAAUGUUGUACAUCGAGCUGUUCGCAGAAAUCCAGCCGUCAGAUCUGCGACAAAUGCUGAGAUAGAUUCCAUCAUAAAAGAUUGGUUUCGCUAUGCCAAAGACCGUGAUGGUGGAAGGACGAGAAGAGCAAGUCAGGCCAGCGUUAGUCCUUCCGAAAAUGUCAGCCAGGAAUCUACUGAAGACUAUGGUUCCAGUGAUGAAGAUGACCGUCCCUGA